CUCACGAUUCUUUCUCACCAAAUCAAAUCAGAUACUCAAAACCGAAUUAACUAACCCCUCAAAAACAAAAAGAAAAAUGUUUAUUACAUCAUACUCCAAAUAUUCUGUAAUCUCAACACUAUCCAUAUUCAGCUUAUUAUUCUUCCUCCAAAGAACCCAUGGAGACGACGGAGGUUGGCAAGGUGGCCACGCCACCUUCUACGGUGGCGGCGACGCUUCAGGCACCAUGGGAGGAGCUUGUGGCUAUGGAAAUCUGUAUAGCCAAGGUUACGGGACGAACACGGCGGCUUUAAGCACGGCUCUAUUCAACAACGGACUCACGUGCGGCGCGUGCUACGAGAUGAAGUGCAAUGAUGACCCAAGAUGGUGUCUCUCGUCAACUAUCACCGUCACAGCCACCAACUUUUGCCCACCAAACCUUGGUCUCUCCAACGAUAAUGGUGGAUGGUGCAAUCCUCCUCUCCAGCACUUCGACCUCGCCGAGCCAGCUUUCCUCCAGAUCGCUCAGUAUCGUGCCGGCAUUGUCCCCGUCUCUUUCCGAAGAGUAGCGUGUAUGAAGAAAGGAGGGAUAAGGUUUACGAUAAACGGACAUUCAUACUUUAAUUUGGUUCUGAUAUCGAACGUAGGAGGAGCAGGAGACGUCCACGCAGUGUCGAUCAAAGGCUCAAAAACAGGGUCGUGGCAAGCAAUGUCUAGGAACUGGGGACAGAACUGGCAGAGCAACUCUUAUCUCAACGACCAAAGCCUCUCGUUCCAGGUUACUACCAGCGAUGGUCGCACCGUCGUUAGCAAUGACGUGGCUCCUUCUAACUGGCAGUUCGGACAAACCUUCCAAGGCGGUCAAUUCUGAGUCCAUCCUCCUCUCUCUCUCUCUCUCUGUUUUGGGUGAUGACGUGGCUGCGUAUUGCUGAGGUGGCUCGUAAACACCCGCCAUUAGCUUAGCCUUUUUCCUUUUUUUUUUCUUCUUUUUUCUUAUUUACGAAUUAAUGCUUCAAAGUUCAAUGAUUGCCUACAAAGAACAAGGUUUUUUUUUUUUUGUGGUUUAUUGAAUUUAGCCUUUUGGCAUGUACUUUUUGGUUUUUAUUUUUGUAAUCCAAAAUCGUUUAGCCAGUGGCAUAAUAAGAAUUAUAAAAUCGA